AGCAUAAACUGACUUUACAAAUCCAUUAGUCGGUCCUCUCUCGCCAGAGUUGCGAGGACCACGUGAAAGGAUGAAACUGGGGCCGGGUGGUCUUCUUGGUGUUUUUUGGUGGGGGUGACAUACUUUUUCUUGCCAGCUGCAUGCGAUUAGCAGAAAUGUCAUUGAGGACGAAGAUGUCGAAUCCACUAAGACGUCUGCCUAAGUGGUCAUCAUGGCUUCUUGUGCUCGCUGGCAGUUGCUUCGCUUUCGAGACUGCACCAGAGGACUACCUGUGCCGUGGGUACCGUCCGUGGAUGAAUUUGCAGAAGCAGUUGAUCACGGCUCUAAGUGGGCGAGCGCGCGUGGAUCAGGUGGCACAUUCGUUCUCGCAUUUGCUAGAGACACGGGACCCCAACGAGUGCAUACUAGGACACCUCUCACUCCGGCUUUUGCUGCAACUAGGCCGAGAAGAGCAGUACGAGCAAGACACGGCGAUUCUAAACGGCGUUGGCUGGCACCAGGUGAUGCGCAGUGGCUGGCCAGUUUUUCGGCUGCUGCGCUUUCUAGAGGUUGCUCAGAUGGACGACGGUGUCCCAGGAACAGAUGGAAAAUCCGAGGACGAAGAGCAAGAGGUGGAGCUCAAUAGUCUGUCAGAAAUGAAGAUUUCAAAAGAUGAAGAUCCGUGUUCGGUUAGAGAGUCUGACCCUUCAGGAUCUUACUACCGGGAGUUUCUGCACCACUAUGUCGUAAAGCAAAGACAAUACUUCGGCGAUGGCAUCGUACCUGAGACGGCAGCUUACUUGGCUCAACCGGAAAAACAGAAUCCAUGCACACUCGCCGCUGCGUUCGUUGCCUUCGCAUGGUCACGGAUCCCCAUCUACAAUCAUGAAAGCGAAAGUUUGAUCCGGCGUGCACAGGCGGUCUUAGAAGACGUGGGAACCAUUCGAGGCUUAGUGCGUAACAAACAGCAUCCAUUGCUGACCUUAUUGGACGAAACGGCGAGUACUUUUCAGGCUUUUCUGAUCGAUGGUGGAUAUUUUUACUACGACGAAAAUGCCAAUGAUGAAGACAACGGGCAGGAAGGUAAGAAAGAUCACGAAGCAAAAGAAGGGAAUGGAGUCGCCGAUGGUCAAGCUUUACCACGUCGCGAAAAAAGUACUGGUUCAAGCGACAACGACGAACCAAAAGUUGACUACACGUUGCACAUGAUGCCAAUUCGUAGCAUGUCGUCUAGCUCUUCGUUUGAAAAGUUGCGCUCUUGUGUCGUUCCUUUCGCGACGCGCAGCAGCGCCAUAGGAAAAGCGGACGAGCCUCUUUGCGAUCCGUAUGCAGCCAUAGUACCGGAUCUCGCGCGAUGGCGCCAACUCGGAGUCUCCCAGGCCAGCGUCCACGCCGCCAUGAAUCAAAUUACCGAUGCGAAGCAUGUUCUGUUUAGGUACGUCAAAGAGGAAGCAAAGCUAUACCAAGUAUUGCCAGUUUUCUCGCAUCUGAACCAGUCAACGGGCAAAGCAGAUGCUGAUUUAGAUGCAGUGGAACCAACGUGCCUGGCGAGAAAGAUACUUUCGGUUUUGGAAAAGAGUCCUAGCAUCGGAUCCUUUGACUUGGUGCUGAAUCACGGCGACAUGCCUCUGCUGAGAAAGAAGGAGGGUGUGCCUCCCUUUUACAACUUGAUGGACCAGGAAGCGCGCAGCGCAGUUCCGCUCUUCAGUAUAGCGUCCAACCGGGAGUUUCACGACAUCUUGUUUCCGAAUGUAUGCCGACCGCAACUAGUCAAUCUCACGGAAGUGGUUCUCGAGAAAGCUCGUUGGAAACGGAAAAAGAAGAUGGAAGGGGGUGCCCUUGAAAGCAGAGUAGAUAACGAGCAGGACAACCAGGUUGUGGAUGGCAACACCAAAGGAGAUGAUUUGAUCUUCGGUGAUAAACAUGAUACUUCUUUACUGCCUGAGUGGGAAUCCAAAAUUCCUAUCGCAUUUUGGCGGGGAACGGAUCGAGGGGCCGUCAAUUGGUCACGCGAGUACAGAGAGAUGCUGGACCGCGGUUCCCCUCGACGGAAUUUUCUGGAGAUGGCUGCAGAAUCGCCGGACCUCUUUGACACAGCUUUCUUGGACGACGAUCUCGCCAAUGUGACCGUUGUGAAUUCCGACGCUAAUUUCGUUCCUCUCGACGAACAGGCGAAGUGGAAGUAUGCCCUCGACUUACCCGGAAAUGGGUACAGUGGGGGCUUGAAGCAGAAACUCACGGGCACAAGCCCUGUGCUUCUUGCCACAGACAUGGGCAGGGGAAUUCCGGUUUACGAACAUUAUCACAUGGGGCUGACGGGCUACGAGCACGUUUUACCAGUGACCUUGGACAACGCAGCAGAGCAGGUUCGGUUCGCGCGAGAGCAUGACGAGGAGAUGCAGCAAAUGGUAGCCUCAGCAAACGGCUACAUGCAGAAUUACGAGAAGUUUAGCGCGUGUUAUAUUUGGCGACUGUUAGAGCGAUACUCUUCGUAUUUUCGCUACAACAUUAUCGGACCAGGAACCGUCUCGGCGAGCUCCGUGCCGUCAGCUGAGGACUUUCUCCGCACAAAAUUCCCGGGAGCUCAUUAUCGAGAAUACACGCUGCGGCGCACAGGAGAGGUGAGGAUAGUUUCUUCAUCCUCCUCUGAUGAAGAAAAUCAAAGUGAGGAGAGAGAAGGUGAGGCGCAUCGGAGUGCGUUUGAAAGAGAUUGCAUUUUUGACUUGAAGAAAUAUGCAUGAUGGAAACGCGGCAUGGGCGUACCUUCUAUGGUAUCGAAAGCCCAGAGAGAGGCGUGUUCAGUCUUGACGUUUGUCGUGAGUUCUCGAGCCGUGCGUGCCGGAAAGCACAAAUCUAAUGACCAGAGGGAAAACGAAAAAUCCAAAUUGAUACGAAAUGACGACAAUGGAUUAUCAACUUUUACACAAGCAAAUGAUCAUACUGAGAUUUUUACACUUUUAAAUUUCAUUACUACAAUAGCUAGUCCUACUCCUACUUCUAGUUCUACCACAGCACCAAGAACUAGCAGCUCAAGUUGCAGUCGCUAAUGACGAGAGACUACGCAAGUAAGACUGUACUGCAUAGUAGUAAGAACCUCCAUGG